AUGUUCCCCUCCAAGCUCCUAGUUGCGCUCUUUGCGCUCGCUUCCAGCCCGGCCAUUUCCCAAUUCGUACCUCGCCCCACCGAUCUAACUCGUAAGGUCGGCCAUGCUGGCGUGCCAGUCCGCUACAAACAGGUCGAAACGGGUGUCUGCGAGCAGAAUCCGGGCGUCAAGAGCUUCUCGGGUUACGCAGAUGUCCAGGACAACGAGCACAUCUUCUUUUGGUUCUUCGAAGCUCGAAACGGUGAUCCCAAGGAAGCGCCGUUGACCGUCUGGAUCAAUGGCGGGCCUGGUUCUUCGUCGAUGAUCGGACUCUUUCAGGAGCUGGGCCCCUGUGGCGUCGACAUCAACGGCGAGGUCGUCGACAACCCUUAUUCCUGGAGCAACGCCUCUAACCUGCUGUUCAUUGAUCAGCCGACGACGACCGGUUUCUCUUACGGCGAACCCGUCCCGGCGUACGUCAAUCCCAACUCGAGCUCCAUUGUCGUGCUGCCUGACGAGUCCUGCCCCGAUUACGCGCAAGCGUAUGGCACGUGCGGCACUUACUCUCGGCCCGUCACUACGCUGACGGCCAACAGCACCCAGUCGGCGGCGCCCAACUUCUGGCGAACUUUGCAAGGCUUUAUGGGCGCCUUCCCCGAGUACUCGCGAAAGGGGUUCAAUCUCGCGACCGAGUCCUACGGCGGACACUACGGACCCACGUUUGGGGCGUACAUCGAAGAGCAGAACGCAAAGAAGAUCAAAGGCGCCAUAGACAUCAAGCUCGAGACUGUCUUAAUCGGCAAUGGCUGGUUCGAUCCGCUUCUCCAGUACCAGGCCUACUACAACUUCACCGUGUCCCCGGGCAAUACUUACGACUACAAGCCUUAUUCGCCUUCGCAGGAAGCUGAGCUCCACAAUGCGCUCUACGGGCCAGGCAACUGCGUCGACCAGGUCAAGGAGUGCUACGCUCAUGGGCUUGACGAGGUCUGCAAGGCCGCCGACGACUUCUGUGCGGCCAACAUCGAGUCUCCGCUGGACAACAUCGCCAACAGAGACGAGUACGACAUCCGCGAGCUUUCGCCAGAUCCUUUCCCUUACUCUUUCUACGUCGACUACCUCAACACGCCGAGGGUGCAAGCAGCGAUUGGUGCCUUCCAGAAUUUCAGCGAAUCCUCUCCGACUGUGGGAGCUGCCUUCGGAGCUACGGGCGACGAUUCACGCCAGAGCGGCACCAUCAAGAACGUCAGAAGGCUCCUCCAAUCCGGCGUCAAUGUGGUCCUGUACGCAGGCGACGCCGACUACAAUUGCAACUGGCUUGGAGUCGAAGCCGUCGCAGAAGGGGUCAACCACGACGGCUUCUCGGAUGCUGGGUACGCCGACCUGAAGACAAGCGAUGGCAUCGUGCAUGGUCAAGUCAAGCAGAGCGGCCAGUUCAGCUUUGUGCGGGUGUACGAGAGUGGCCACGAGGUACCCUUCUACCAGCCGCUGGCUGCCUUGGAGCUCUUUGAGCGUGCCAUUGGCGGCAAGGACCUGGCGACCGGGGUCGAGCGGAUCGGGGAGGGCAGCAAGUAUCGCACCAAAGGGCCUGCGAAGAGCCUGUAUCGCAACGGCAACAGCACCGUGCAGUUUGAGCCGCUGGAUCCGGGAUCCACCUACAACACGACGACCAAUGGCCCGAAUGCGCAUCCCGCAAAGGGUAGUGGCGAGGCAAAGUCUGGCACGAGCACGGCCAAGGUGCAGCGGUUCGGGUUUCGUCGACCCGCUUCUAGGCGCAUGCGCGCGUAG